AUGUCAAGAGAUAUCUUUGCCGAUUUCCGGGCAAAAAUACAACGUGUCAUCGACUACUCAGACCGGGACGUCGUCCUAACCGCCUUGACAGACUUGUCAGAAGGAAGAGACGCAUCCGUCGCUGGGGCCAUCAUUGAUGCACUGCUUGGCCUUGGUCAGCAACAACCUGGCAGUCCCUUGAACUUGAACAGUGAUUAUCAAGAUGCGAUGGAAAAGCUUCUAAGAUGGGGAAUGCAGAACUUUAUUGUUGAUCCAUCGACGAAUGCGAUGCAGUUAUGGUCUGUGAUGAGCCUACUGGACGGCCCAAGAGGUUAUAACCAGAGGUUGUUUGCGAGAGGAACGUUCCUUUCGAGUGGCAUUCGUGUAGAGCUUGGAGAAGGUGGAUUGCUCAUCCUGUCGCCCCCGCCUCCGGGCAUCAUCAUUACGGCAAUAGAUCAACAACCUGUUCAGCCUUUUGAUAUAAAUCUCCCAUAUGUCGUUGACUAUCUUCAUCGGGAGAUUGAAGCUCGUGUUGUUAUUGCUACCUUUUGCAGGUUUGGCUGGGAAAACUUUGGACCAUUUGUUCACGGCCAGUCCAUAUCCCUUAUGAACGAGGAGUCCAAAGGUUCAUUUGCUGUUUUCUUGUCACCUGAAGAUGAGGAGAACGAGUCUUAUGCUCUAACUGCCUACCAUGUGUUACCAUUUAUGUCCACUGGGGAAAGGCGGGUUAUAACGCCAGACCCCUCUCCGGCCGAUAUGUUUACUGGCUCAGAGGGUAUCACUUCUGCUGUCGACGCCAUGGCUGGUGCGAUUUGUUACAAAGACGGGGCAAGCACCGGCUGCACCUCUGGAAGGAUUGGAGAGACAGAAGCUAUGAUGUUUUGGAAUGGGAUUACUGCCGAUGCCAUCACAGAGGCGCAAAUCCAGGGCGGGAGCACCCGUCAGACCAGGUGA